AUGACCGUGAUACAUAUCGUCCUAUUCAAAUUUCGUCCAGAAGUUACCCAAGACCACAAGCAAAAAUUCAUCUCGGAACUCAAAACCCUAAAGCGUCUUCCCUGCGUCAAAGAUGGUCGGCUCAUCGUUGGUGGCCCAUCCAUAACCGAUCCUAUUGAACGAAGUAAAGGAUUCGAGAUUGCUCUAGUGAGCUAUCAUGAAAACAGGGAUGCUUUAGCUGAGUACCAAGCGAGUGAUGAGCACCACCGGCAUGUUUCACAAGACCAAACUAUACUACUGGGCGACUGCUAA